AGGUCUCUUGCGCAUGUGUCUAUGGAGCAUGUUUACGAGAUUAUGUUAGCUAGAUGUUAUGCUAGCUAGAUGUUAGUUAGACGCUUCAUUUGGGAAAUAAAAGCAGUUGUGGGUUUUGUUUUGUUUCGUUUCAUUCACAGCCAGUACAUUUUUAACAAGAACCUGAUAAAAUGGCAAACGACGGCGCAACAAAACUGUCUAAAAAUCUUUUACGGAUGAAGUUCAUGCAAAGAGGCCUUGAUGCAGAGGUAAAGAAACAACUCGAGGAGGAAGAAAGGAGGAUUAUAAACGACGAACAUUGGUAUUUGGACCUUCCUGAGCUUAAAGCAAAAGAGAGCUUCAUUGUUGAAGAAAGAAGUUAUGUCCCAUGUGAAGACUUGGUUUAUGGGAGGAUGUCAUUUAAGGGAUUCAAUCCUGAUGUUGAGAAGCUGAUGGUUUUAAUGAACGCUCCCAAAGAAGAGGAUGAAGAGGUGGAGGAGAAGGAUAUGAGUCGAAUGGACACAGAUAUUACAGAUGAGGAGAUGGCCAUGAGAUAUGGAAGCCUUGUUGAAAGCAUGAAAAGAAAAUUUGCAAAAAAAAGGGACCGCACAUCUCAGAAGAAUGAGGACGUCAACCAUGAUGUUGGAGAGACAAAAGCCAAGAAAGUUUUCUUAAAGCCUCAGGACUGAGGCAUUUUAAUAGGCUUUAUAAAUUGUGUGUGUGGUGUUUUUUAUAAAUACUUGCACACGCUUUGGACUGAGUGUUUUUAAUUUUUUAUAUUCUGUGAAAAAAUGUGCUGUAAAAUGGCAGCAAAAUUAAUUACAUCUUUAUUUUUUAAAUGAAUGAUUAUAUUGUGAACACUGUAA